GUAGCGGUCAGGUGAGGACCUAGGGUCUUUGAGGUGCUGAAGAGUUUAAAUUAAAGAAGAGACAGAUAGAAGAAACAGGAAAGCAAAAAUAACUUGGAACAAAAAACAAGAAAGUGGGAGAUAAGAAGCGCCAUCAAUAACACAAGGAACAAGAGGGAGAUUGUAAGAAGAAGAGGACAAUGUCAAUACCAGCCAGAGCUCUCCUCAGAAUAGCUGCCGAGGAGUGGGUGCCGUGGACCAAAAUUGAUGUCCAGGAGAAUGGUACAGUCGGCAUUCUAGGUCCCAUGGCUCACUUGCUGGAUAUAUUCGCUGAUAAACUGAACUUUGAUUAUGAGUUGGUGCGUCCAUCAGACCGUGUGUGGGGAGGACCCCAAUCUGACGGCUCCUGGACAGGCAUGCUGGGGAUGUUACAGAGGCAGGAGGUAGAAUUCGCCAUCGGACCCUUUGGUGUGACAGCAUUGAGGGAGACGGUGUGUGACUUCUCUGAUCCCGUGUACAGUGAGAAUAACGCCAUCCUUAUGGUCAGACCCACCCUGCAGAAUGACUUUACGGGCUUCGUUAAACCUUUUACUAUAAAGACAUGGGUGUGGACGCUGGUGAGCCUGGUGACGGUGGUGGUGAUGAUGGCGCUAGUGGUAAAGGCGGAGGCCAGGGUGUUCACCUCUCAAACUCGCCAUGUACUCUCUAAGGCUGCAAUGUGGGGAGUAAAGACCCUCACCCAGGAGAGCUCUGAGUGGCUGCCCAAGAAUGACGGAGGGCGCCUCAUAGUGACCACGUGGCUCCUGGCUUCCCUAGUGUUCAUGACUUCCUAUGGUGGCAUCCUCACGGCCAUGUUAACUGUGCCUCGAGUUACCAUCCCCAUAAACUCCCUGGCAGACCUGGUGUCCCAGACUGACCUGCCCUGGCGCCUGGAGGCUGGUUCUAUGAUGUUUCAAUACUUCAAGGAGUCUCAGGACGAGGUGAGGCAGAAGGUGUUCACGGAGGUGGCCGGGACUUUUCCUGAUUGCUGGGCGGCGAGGAAGGCUAUCGCUAACGGGGAGUUCGCUGCCAUCUGUGACCGAACCACCAUGAAGAAGGCCAUGUCUUGGGAUUUCAGCACCAGCGGACAGUGUCAUUUGUAUAUAUCAAGUGAAAACGUGUACAGUAAUGCUAUCAUCUCUAUGGCUUUCAAGAACAACUCGACCUACCUCAGUGAUGCGAAUCGUAUCAUCCGCACCGUGAAAGAGUCUGGCAUCCUAGAUAAGUGGCUGGCGGCAGAGAUCACCAACACCACUCAGUGUCUUCGUCCGCCCACCUCUGACCGCGGGAAUGCUGUCGCUGCCCUCAACGUGGACGUCAUGGCAGGACCCUUCCUGGUCCUGGUGGGAGGUCUGACUGUUGGUCUAUUGGUCUUCUUGAGUGAACUAACUGCCUGGUCCCUAUGCGGUCUUGACAAGUAGAUCUCUCAGAAUGUCUAGCUGGGUCGACUAAGGGUGCCCCGGCCACAAACCUGCGAUACUUCGGACAGGAUGUGAAGGGAUAAUAGUACCCCCUCGUCUGCCGCACCGAUACCUGAACUCUGGAUCACAGUACCAAGUAAAAGCACAGAUCAGUCUCUCACUGCGAAAUUCUACAGCACCUAUCCGAGUCUUACGCUUUUCAUUUCAUAAAUGUGCGAAGACUUCUAAGAUUCUUCUAUAAUUUGAGGUAAGAAAGUAAGAUUCAACUGUCGUAAAUGAAAUUAUAUCAUAUACUGUAUGUGUUAAAUAUCAGUUUCCAAGUCUUAAUUAAUGGAAAAUGUAAUGAGAAGAAAUAGUUCAGGAUAUACUGCAUGUAGACAGAGCUUGUUAUUGGGUGUUUAAUAGUUCAGGAUAUACAUACCCAGAGCUUCUUCUUGUGUGUAUAAUUGUUCAGGAUAUACAUUAACAGAGCUUUUUCAUGUGUGGAUAAUAGUUCAGGAUAUACAUAGACAGAGCUUCUUCUUGUGUGUAUAAUAAUUCAGGAUAUACAUAGACAGAACUUCUUCUUGUGUGUAUAAUAGUUUAGGAUAUACAUAGACAUAGCUUCUUAUGUGUAUAAUAGUUCAGGAUAUACAUACACAUAGCUUCUUCUUGUGUGUAUAAUAAUUCAGGAUAUACAUACAAAGAGCUUCUUCUUGUGUGUAUACUCGCUCAUAGAACACUAUGUAAAAUUGUUA